GCGGCACCUUCCCCCGAAAUGAUGGAAAACACAGUGUUUAUGUCAUUUACGUUCUACAGCACGAUCUUGAUUUUAAAAAUGUAUGUCGUUGCCAUCAUUACGGGACAAGUGAGACUCAGAAAGAAGGCAUUUGCAAACCCGGAGGACGCGCUGCGCAAUGGGGGGCUGCAGUACUAUCGCGAGGACCCCGACGUGGAGCGGUGCCGCAGGGCCCACCGCAACGACAUGGAGAACAUCUUUCCCUUCCUCUUCCUCGGAGCCGUCUACUCCCUGCUGGAUCCCAGCCCCGCAGUGGCCAGGAUCCACUUCUUCAUCUUCUGCGUGGGGCGCAUCGUCCACACCAUCGCCUACCUCCUGCGGCUGAAGGCGCCCACGCGCUCCGUGGCCUAUGGCGUGGCACAGCUGCCCUGCUUCUCCAUGGCUCUGCAGAUCCUCCUGGCCACAACCCCGUACUGGUAACACCCAACAAGACUGAUCAUCCAAACCCCUUCGUCCUGCGCUCUGCUGGUUUCCCUGGCU